UAUAUACUAGAGCGAGAACAAGGUUAUAUAAUUCGCAGUAGCAGCUUUUGGUUUCCCUCCAGCGCGGUCCCGUUUUCUUCCCCUCCGUGCAAACAUGUUGUUCUUCUCGUACUUCAAGGAUUUGGUGGGAAGAGAAGUAACCGUAGAGCUGAAGAACGAUUUGGCCAUCAGAGGGACAUUGCAUUCCGUUGAUCAGUACCUCAACAUCAAGCUCGAAAACACUCGCGUCGUUGAUCAAGACAAGUACCCGCACAUGCUUUCAGUAAGAAACUGCUUCAUCAGAGGUUCGGUUGUGAGAUACGUGCAAUUACCUCCAGAAGGGGUGGACAUUGAAUUGUUGCACGAUGCCACUAGGAGAGAGGCUAGGGGCGGUUAGCGUCGUGACCUUGUGAUGUAUCUCUUAAAUGAAAAUUCUAUAUGGUUAAUCCUACCACAGAAGGAAACUCCUUUAAGAUGUUAAUGCUAUGUAACUGUAUUGCCUUUUCAUUUUAUUUCUUUUGGAAGCUUUGUCCAAUUUUAAUGUGACAAAAUGAAACUAGUGUAACUGCAUUGCUUUUUUCCUUCCCUAAGCUCUUCUCAGUUCCGACAAA